GUGGGAGACGUCACUCCCAAGUGUUCAUUCACUAGUAAUAAGACGCACGUUGAACAGACAUCCACGGAGCGCAGCGCAACACUGAUGCGCCAAGUUAAGUACCAAAACAAGACAGCGGUGUUGCAUCGUCCUGCACGCACACACACACACACACACCGACGUAACCAGUGUGGAGUACUGUACUGUACUACUGUGGAAGCGAAGAGGAGAACAGCGCGAACAGAGAGGGAGAGGGGUCAGAAUAUGGAUAUUGGUCUUUCGUUAAACCUUUACCUCUUUUGGAUAACCUGGGAAUUCUAAAACAUCUUUUGGCAGAUUGGAGCAUCCAACAAAGAUUCUAAUUACGGAAAAACACGAAGUGGAACGAGAAGAAGGAUUUAUAUUUUGCUCUUUCUUUCUGUUUUUUUAUUUGGCCCCCCCAACACUUUGGAAUAGUGGGCUUUGGAAUACAGGGGAUAUAUUGGCGGGUGACGCGUCUGCCCUGGAUCAGCGAGAAGGAUGGCAGCUUGGUUCACUUUUACCUUCGCAUUCAGCACCACUGUACUGACACAGGUAUUUGGAUCCGGUGUUUUUGAGAUCGAUCUACAUGAAUUUAAAAACAGCAAAGGAUUGCUGGAGAAUGGCAACUCGUGCAGGCUCAACUGCAGGACUUUCUUUCGUGUUUGUCUUAAGAACUACCAGGCGGUCGUGUCGCCAGGUGACUGUAUCUUUGGAAAUGCCUUGACACCGGUGCUAGGGACCAACUCCUUUAGCGCCAUGGACGGGGGAGCUUUCAGUAGACCCAUCCGACUACCGUUCAACUUCGGAUGGCCGGGAUCGUUUUCUUUGAUAAUUGAAGCCUGGUAUUCACCUUCAACAGAUCUACCUGUUGACACCAGCAACCCAGAGAUGUUGAUUAGUUUAUUUUCCAUCCAGAGACAGCUGGGCGUAGGGACCGCCUGGUCUCUGGAUGUUCAGAGCAGCCGACAGACGGAGUUAAGGUAUUCUUACCGCUUCAUCUGCAAUGACAAUUACUACGGAGAAAGUUGUUCCAAAAUAUGCACGCCAAGGGACGACCGUUUUGGCCACUACACCUGCGACCUCGGCAACGGGCAGUUAUCCUGUCUGCCCGGCUGGAAGGGGGAAUACUGCGAAGAACCCAUCUGCCUCGUGGGAUGCAGUGAAGGAAACGGAAACUGCUCCAGACCUGGCGAGUGUGUGUGCAGAGAAGGUUGGCAGGGUCUGUUCUGUGAUGAGUGUAAGAAGUACCCAGCGUGUAAACAUGGCACCUGCCAACAGCCUUGGCAGUGUAACUGUAAGGAGGGCUGGGGAGGGCUCUUCUGUGACCAAGAUCUGAACUUCUGCACGCACCACCGGCCGUGUGUGAACGGGGCGACCUGUAUGAACACGGGCCAAGGCAGCUAUACCUGUACCUGUCCCCCUGGGUUCACUGGGGUCAACUGUGAGCUGGAGCUGCAGGAGUGUGACAGCGACCCCUGCAGGAACGGAGGACUCUGCACGAACCUGGAUGUUGGCUACAGGUGUUCGUGUCCGCAGGGCUUCGAGGGUUCUCACUGUGAACACAGCCUGCUGACUUGUGCUGACUCCCCCUGCUUCCACAGCGGACAGUGCCAUCAGAAGGACAACGGGCAUAGCUACAUCUGCGAGUGUCCUCCCGGAUACACAGGACUCAACUGUGAGAAGAGAGUGGACAAGUGCACAUCUCUUCCCUGCGCCAACGGCGGUCUGUGUUUGAUCCACGGUGGCGUGCGUCUGUGUAGCUGUCGCUCCGGUUUCACCGGCCAGCGCUGUGAGAUCAACAUCAACGAAUGUGCCGGGAACCCCUGCACCAACGGAGGGACCUGCCUGGACCGUAUCAACGACUACACCUGUCACUGCCCCCCGGGGUACGCCGGACGAAACUGCGACCGCGGCCUGGACGAGUGCUCCAUGCGCCCCUGUCUUAACGGAGGGCUCUGCACCGGGGGAGGGGGGCCGGGGAAACCCCCUGCCGCCUGUAUCUGUCCCGCCGGCUUUACCGGAUCACGCUGCCAGUUCUUUGCUGUGACCCUGCCGGUGGGUGGGGAGAGGAUCAAUGGAGAGAGCCAAGAUGGCUUCCAGUGGGCAGCAGUUUCCUUGGCUGUAGGGCUGGUUGCAUUACUGGUGCUGCUAUGCAUGGUUGGGCUGGCUCUACGGCACAUCCACAGGCGGACCGGCAGGGACAGGGGAGAUGGGGAGACCAUGAACAACCUAUCAGAUGUACAGAGGGAUAACCUAAUCCCCGCCUCCCAGCUGAAGAACACCAAUCAGAAGGUUGGACUGGAGGUGGACUGCGAAUCAGAGAAGUCAAACUUCAUCCAUAAGAACUAUCAGUUGGACUCGUAUAGUAACGCAAAGUCGAAGGAGUUGAAGGAUGAUACGUCGCAAGAGGAUAGAAGCAAAAGUCAUGUGAUCUAUGACACGUGUUUAGAAGAGAAAAUACCUCUGAGUAGAAUGUACAGGGAAAAGUCGGAGUGUAGGAUAUCAACGAUAUGUUCCCCUCGAGACGCUCACAUCUACCAGUCCGUCUUUGUUAUAGGAGAGGAGCGGAGGGCGUGCGUCAUAGCAACAGAGGUAUAAGCUGCGAGGGGUAUGAAGAAGCGAGGGGGCGAUAGAGAAGAAACACAAUCGAGGCAGAUAUAUAUUUUUUUCUGGAUUGUUUACAAAAAAUCUGAGAAAAGACUGGAGACUGUUUCUGAUGUCACUGCCGAUGUCACUGCCGAUGUCACUGCCGAUGUCACUGCCGAUGUCACUGCCGAUGUCACUGCUGCUCUGGAACACUUGAGAGAGAUGGCGAGAGAGAGACGAUGAGACAGAGGCAGAGAUGGACGAACCCUCUCCUCUUCUCUGUAAACGAUCUAAUGAACACUUUAUCGACCAAGUGUUUGUAUACAAAACGUGUACAGUAGCGGUCAUGAACCUAUUGACUUCUGGGAACGCUUAAACAAAUGGUUAAAAGACUGACUGAACUGCACAGAGUUUGGAGGGAACUGGUUGAAUGUCAGCAAGCAAAACAACAAACUUGAACUGAACUCAUCUGUCCUUGGCAGCAAUGGAGGAGAGACUAGGUGAAACAGGACAAAUGGCCCGGAGCUCGUAGUUGACCCCUGACCCCUGCCCGACCUAAUCAUGGGGACUUCGACAGCCAACUAAUCAAAAUGGAGGUGCCUGAGAUUCAAUUGAUCUUUAACCCCUAGCCAGCAUCAUUCACCAGCUAUGCAGGACCCAAGGUCCAGGGUGGAGCCAACUCGCUGAAACUGACCAACCAACCGCAAACAACCGACUGACUAGUUGAUGAAAACCACAGACUAACCACGACAAAACACUGAGAACGAUGAAUGUCUGACUGAACAAACGAACUAACGUCUCAACUGUCAGUCACUCACCGAACAAAACGCCUGGUCUGACUUUUCCAGACUUUUUCAUUCCAUGCAAAUGGGUGAAAAGAUGCGGCCCAAAAUGACUGGAAGCCUAAACAAGAGUUUCAAUGCUAAAACUAAACACUUGUCUCUUCACGGAGCACUUGAACACCAAAAAGAAAAACACAGGUGGGAA